AUGUCCACCAAAGAAACUUACAGCAACUGCUCCCCCCGCAACCCCAGCGCCGCCGCUAGCGGCCCGGUCCCUGACAAGAAGGCGCCCACAGCGCCCCCUAGGGCGGCGAGCGACAGUGCAAGGGGGCGGGGUGGCGGCGUCGGUGCCCGCGGAGGCUCCCGAGGGCCCCCCGGAGCCCUGGAGUACCGGGCCCGAGGCUCCUGCUACAGGGAAGCUCCGCUCUGUUUUAAACUCGACAGCUCCGUCGUCGGGGCGGUCAUAGGUCGGGGUGGAGCAAAAAUAAAAGAAAUUCAAGAAUCAACAGGUUCUAAAAUUCAGAUAAUAAAGGGGGAUUUUGAGUCAGAAACCAGAAUAUAUGGCAACAAGGACAACCAGAAAUCAGCUAAGUUAAUGAUAGAGGAAAUAGUAAAAAAGAUAGAAAAGUAUUCUAAAGAGGACACAAAAACUGGAAACACUUUGAAAUCAUCUUGUAAUGAAAAUGGCCCAGAGAAAAAAAUGCCCGUGAUUGAUUGGGAGGCUAUUAAACAGGACCACCUCCACUACAUUAAAACAAAAUGGGACGGUCUUCCCCCAAUUAAGAAAGAUUUCUACAUAGAAUCUUCAAAGACAAAAUUAAUGUCACAAACACAAGUAGAUAAGUGGAGGGAAGAAAACAAUAAUAUAAUAUGUGAUGACUUAAGAGAAAAUGAAAAACGUGUGAUUCCUAAUCCAGUAUGUACAUUUGAAGAUGCAUUUGAUCAUUAUCCUGAUGUUAUGGCUAAUAUAAAGAAAGUAGGUUUCACAAGACCUACACCUAUACAGUCACAAGCAUGGCCAAUAAUAUUAAAAGGAAUUGAUCUAAUUGGCAUUGCCCAAACUGGCACAGGAAAGACCUUAGCCUAUUUAAUGCCAGGAUUUAUUCAUCUUGACCUGCAGCCAGAGGAGAAAAGGGAUGGUCCUGGAAUGCUUGUGCUGACACCAACCAGAGAAUUGGCUCUACAAGUUGAGAGUGAAUGUAAAAAAUACACCUAUAAAGGAAUUAAAAGCAUUUGUAUAUAUGGUGGUGGAGACAGAAGAGGUCAGAUUGAACAUGUUACUAAGGGUGUAGAUAUUGUCAUUGCUACUCCUGGUAGACUCAAUGAUCUUCAAAUGAAUGAAUUCAUCAACCUGAAUAGCAUCACAUAUUUGGUUCUAGAUGAAGCUGAUAAAAUGUUAGAUAUGGGCUUUGAACCUCAAAUAAUGAAGAUUUUAUUAGAUGUACGGCCAGAUAGACAAACUGUUAUGACCAGUGCUACUUGGCCUGAUGCUGUACGUCGCCUUUCACAAAAGUAUUUGAAUGAUCCAAUGAUUGUUUAUGUUGGAACCCUGGAUCUUGCCGCUGUGAAUACUGUAAAGCAGAAAAUAAUCAUAACCACAGAACAAGAGAAGCCUGCUCUUAUACAUUCUUUCAUUGAUUCAAUGAAGCCUGAAGAUAAAGUGAUUAUUUUUGUAGGGAGAAAACUUAUUGCUGAUGAUAUAUCCAGUGACCUGAGCAUUAAGGGUUUACCUGUACAGUCAUUACAUGGUAAUAGAGAACAAAGUGAUCGUGAGCGAGCACUGAAGGAGUUUAAAACAGGAAUAGUAAGAAUAUUGAUAGCUACAGAUCUGGCAUCACGAGGUCUUGAUGUCUUAGACAUCACCCAUGUUUUUAACUUUGAUUUUCCUCGAAACCUUGAGGAGUAUGUCCAUAGAGUAGGACGCACUGGAAGAGCUGGGCAUACAGGGGAAUCAAUUACCCUACUUACUAGGAACGAUUGGAAAAUAGCUGGUGAAUUAAUCAAUAUUUUGGAGAGAGCCAACCAGGAAAUUCCAAAUGAGCUCAUGUUAAUGGCUGAACGAUAUAAACAACACAAGCAGAAAAAAGAUGAAGAAAGAAACAUGGCAAGAACUCGUGGAAGGACAAGAAAUAUUUAUUGAUCUUGGAAGGAUUUACAAUCCAGGGAACCACUUACUUUUGCAGUUGUUGCCUUUCAGCUUAGCAAAAGCUAAACAAUUAGCAAAUUGGAGGACACCAGAGGAAAGAUGAUUCUGGAGCGGGGUUUUACUUUUUUUUUUUUUAAUAUAUUGUCGGGAAACAAGAAUAUUGUAGGUUUCUGAUUUGAACAUUGAAAGUUCAUAUCUAAAUGGAAGUAGAGGAAAA